AUGGAGAACAAGUCUAGCAGCAGCAACAGCGACGUUGGCCCAACUGGUAAGAGAUGGUCGGAUCUCGACGACUCGAUCGACAGCUUGUUUGACAUGAUUGCUAACCUUGAGAGAGUUAACCUUCAGAGUCAAGCUGGCCUUCAGAGGAGAAUGGUCGCCUCCGAGAACGACAAGAACGAUUCGCCCGUCAGCGAGCAUGGUAGGCCCGUCAUGAAACCCGACACAGACAAGCAGAAAGCCUCAGAAGGCAAUAAAGACGAAAAGAAAACCGACGAGCAGAAACCUAGACAAGGUGACGAAGACAAUACAAAAUGCGGUAACCAUAAGCCAGAGGCCCUGGAAGCUACCAAUGGAAACGAAACGGAACCCAAGCAGAAAGCUGCAGAAGACAGUAAAGUAAUGCCAGCUAGCAAGGGUAGAUUCCUCGGCAAGAGACGCGUCAUAGAGCUCCCCACAGUCCACCAAAGAGGUACUCCCCAGACGCUCUUGGAAUAUCUUGACAUGGGCCAUUUUCCUGUACGAUACGCCGAUGAUGCGCAACCCGAACGGCCCGUAACGUACGUGGAAGACGUUUUUGAGUUGGUGGCGGACUCUCCACCGCCGCCCAGUCAGACGAACACGCCAGAGCAUAAAGAGAAGUCCUCCGCCGUUGAGACCACUCCGAGCCCCGAGAUAAAUCUCUCUGAAGACCAGCCCACACAUCAGGAACCAGCUCACGUCGGAAGCAGACUGUCUAAAGACAAUUUAUCGAACCCACAGGAGAGUCAGCCCAGCAGUUCGGUAGACAUGACCAUUAGAGAUGGCGAGCUCCCAGCAAGGAGCACUCAAGCCAACGGAACGUCCGCCACCGACGAUCUUCUGGGAGGUCAUGGCCUCGAGUCGUCGAUUGAGUCAUCUGAGGCCAUCGAUACGGCCAGUAGCCAAGAUGACGAAAGCGUUCACCAAGAAAAUGAUGUCGAGCACAAAGACGACCAGAAUUUGCCCACCGAACUCUCACUGGCGAAUGAUGGAGCGACCAGCCAGAAACCAGAACCAGAAUCCCCACUGCCUCAAAAUCAACUUCUCAGGAUGAAAGACACGGCGAAAGAGGUGGAAAAGAAUGAACCAGCUGGAGAGCCAAUCCAAGCCGAAAAGAAGCCAGCCGAUGAGCCAUCCAACGAGAAUCCAGUUGAGGAUGAGCCGUCCGAAGACGAUGACAUACCCGUUUUACAGAAGCAAACCGAGGACAUGCCGUUCGAGCCACCCGCGGACGGAUCAGCCAAAGUGUUGUACACAUUCUGGGAAGCGGAAGGUUACAGGAGAAUCGGUCUCUUCAACAUGACAAACCAGCGAGUAACGGAAAAGGAGCUGAAGAAGAUCAUGAGGAGGCUGCGAAGAGAAAGCGAGUUGCAGAAUACCGGCUCGAGCACUUUGGCAGCUGGUAAUGAGCCCGUAUCGAGUACGCCGAACAACGAGGGCAGUGCUGCCGAAAUCAAGCGCGUGCUAGAGAACUUCCAGAAGAAAAUGGACGCUAGGAUCGAAAACAUGUGGAAAGAGUUUGACAAGAGAUACAAAAAGGAAUGA